AUGUCCAUGAGCCAAUGCAAGAUCGAUUACGUUCGUUCAUCGCGAACUUUGAGAACUGCUGAUCCAUCUUUUAAUCCACCCGGAUACUCUUCGAACGCUACUACUGUUCAACAUCACGUAGACAGUGACCAAGCUAGUGAUGCACACGAACAUUUGGCUAAAAAGCGAGCAUGGGAAGUAGCUAUGGGACCAGCAAAAGGUCUACCAAUGAACAUGUUUGUGAUGUACAUGGCGGGUCGAAGUGUCUCUAUUUUCCCUAUUAUGAUGGUAGGAAUGCUACUUUGGAGAACAGUUAAAGCAUUAUUCUCUGUGAACGAAACAUUUAAACCACUUCAAGACCAAAACUCAGGGCCAAUGAUUUUACAGAAGCUGAUUUUCAUUUUAGGAAAUAUAGGAGCUAUUGUUAUUGCCAUAUACAAGAUUCACACAAUGGGUCUGCUACCUAACACUCCCUCGGACUGGCUAGAGUUCAUUCCACAACCGCAACGGGUACAGUACUCGAUGUUCAGUUCAACCUAUGUCUGA